ACUCGGUUCAUCACAACUGCAUUCGAGUAUUCGCAGAACCUUUUUCAUGUACAUGUGCGACUGCCAUGGUUGACAGGCAUGAUCUUCCUCCUUCUCGCAAGUUUCGCUCGUCGCCAGGUCAUCUGUGAAGACUCGGAUAGCAGCUUAACGUGGGACGUGGGCGUAACUACUAACCAAUCUAGUUGACGGCCCAGAGCAUCCAGGAAUCAUCAUCGCCAACAAUGUCGAUGGCAUCAUGCGUUUGACGACGCGCAUACAUAGGAUCAGCGUUGCUUGGGUUCAGUGUCAUACAUGUCCCCAGGCCGUGCGCACGAUGAUUCUCCUCAUAGCUUCGGUCUGCAGAGGUGCACGAAGUCAGAAAGUUCCUGGUAUCCUCGGUCAUUGUUCGACGGCGGCGUCUCGUCAUAUCAAUCCCUUCUGUCUAGUCGGGACAAUCGGUGAUUGUUGCCCCUCUGAUAGCACAUUCCCUUCGUGCAUGUCACAUCUAUCUAAAGCGAGAGCGUUCGAAUUUCGCCGUGUCAGUUUGAGUCCGCUCAUGGUAGACAGCGCUGAUAUAUAGCAAGAGAUGUCCAGAGGCGUCCCAGAUGCGUAAAUUUUGCCGGUGACAAUACAU